AUUUCAAUAGAGCUCCCACCAAUUUGCAGUCAGUCACAGACCCGGCUGCCGAAGCAGUAGAAAAAUUGGGGAAAGUGUUGGAACGCGUUGAAGAAAAGUUCAAUAGUAAACUUCAUAAAAAAAAUUAAACGCAGCCGCCGUUAAACGACAAUAAAAUUUCGCUAGUAUUGCCAUACAUUGGAAGACAUUUAUUUUAAAUAGAAAAUUGCUGAAAGCACGCAUAGCUGCAAAUAUUGUAAAUAUAUAUAAAAGGCAGUAAAGCGAAACAGAAUAAAGCCUACAUUAGGUAAAACAACAAGAAACCAAUACUUAGAACGUUCCAAAGAGUUACCCAGUCAAUAAUAAAAUAAAUUAAAUAAAAAUACAAACAAAUAAUUAUUAAAAAUGAUCAAUAUGGACAUAAGCGUAACACCGAAUUAUUCGUACAUUUUCGAUUUCGAAAAUGAUUUUAUCCACCAACGCACACGAAAAUGGAUGGUCGAGAAUUGGACUUGGGUAUUCUACUAUUGUGGCAUUUAUAUGUUGGUGAUAUUUGGCGGACAGCAUUUUAUGCAAAAUCGUCCCAGAUUCCAACUACGCGGUCCAUUAAUUAUCUGGAAUACAAUGCUCGCCAUGUUCAGUAUUAUGGGCGCCUUUCGAACGGCACCAGAACUUCUGCAUGUGCUGCGUCAUUAUGGACUUUUCCAUUCCGUUUGCGUUCCUAGUUACAUCGAACAAGAUCGCGUUUGCGGUUUCUGGACUUGGUUGUUUGUGCUCUCCAAACUGCCCGAACUUGGCGAUACAAUAUUCAUUGUAUUGCGAAAGCAGCCACUCAUUUUCCUGCACUGGUACCACCACAUCACUGUGCUCAUCUACUCCUGGUUCUCGUACACCGAGUACACCUCCUCGGCGCGUUGGUUCAUCGUCAUGAACUACUGUGUACACUCGGUGAUGUACUCGUACUACGCGCUAAAGGCGGCGCGCUUCAAUCCACCACGCUUCAUUGCCAUGAUCAUCACGUCGCUGCAAUUAACGCAAAUGAUUGUCGGCUGUGCGAUCAAUGUGUGGGCCAAUGGCUUCCUCAAGACGCACGGACGUCAAUCGUGCAACAUCUCACAGAAUAACAUCAACCUAUCGAUUGCGAUGUACUUUAGCUACUUCGUGCUCUUUGCGCGCUUCUUCUACAAGACAUACUUGUCGCCGGCCGGCAAGAAGUCUCGCCGCAUGGCAGCAUCUUUGGCCGCGCAAAACACCGCCAAACUGUCAUCGCCCAGCAGUGACAUGUCGAAGUCGUCGCUACUGUCCGACAGCAGCAACGGUGCUCUGAACGGUAGCGCCGCUAACGGUGCUGCUGCGUUUCUGCACAAAUCGAAGGUGCAGUAAACGGUGGCGGCGUCAGCGGUGUUGGCAAAGGUUAUGUUGUAUUUUUCUUGUUUUUGGUGGGGCGUUUUAGCGGGUGCCGAAUGGUGAAUGUAAGCGUUUGAAAUGUAUUUUUGAAUUCGAGAGCAAUGGAUAAGUCAAAAGUCAGUAGUCAGUAGUGUGUGCGUUUUAGUUUUCUUUGAUGAAAGUUCGGGUCAAAGCACAUAUAUACAUACAUACAUACGUGCAUAUGUAGUUGCAGCGAAAGAAACUACUAAGCGGUAAACAGGAAGGGGUGCGAGUGUGUGAUGCAGCGAAAUUUCAACAAAACAAGCCUGUAUUCAUUAAAUUGUAAAAAAAAAAAACAAAAAAAAAAAAACAAAUGAUUAAACUGAUAAAGAAAAAGAACAAAUUUAUAAUGAAUGAAUUUUGAAUAUUUUUAAUCCUAUUUGUAAUACGUGUAUAUGUGUGUGUAUACAAGGAAAAAAGAAAAAACAAAAGAAGAUAUUUUUGAAAAACUGAAAUUGUAAACUUCACUUGGUCUCUCAGUUAAACUAAUAUUUGUGAUGAGCCAUAUGUGUACCCAUCAAUUUUUCUCGAGUUACAUUAGGUAUUUUGUAUAUUAUAUACAUGCAUGUGUUGCACACAUUAAAAUCAACUUAAACAAAUGUUAAGCAGCAAGUUUUGCAUAAAAACAAUUACUUACAACAACAGUUCGUGCGUUUAAAAGUAUAUACUAUGUAGUUAUGUGUUUGUUUGCAGCAAAAACAAAAAAAUUAAAACAAACACACUAAAGUCCUAAAAAAUAUUUAUUGCCUGCAAGUUUCAAUUAACCAUUUAAUCAAUGAUGUUUGUUGAUACGCAAAAAAAGAAAAAUAUUUGCUAUUUACUUUUUAAAAACACAGCGAAAAUGAUUAUGUGUAUAUGUAUAUUAGCUCUUUCUCUCUCUCUCUCUCUUUCUCUCUCUUUUGCUCUUUAUAAGUGCAUUUUGUUUAGUUAUUAAUUAGCGUAAUAAUUAAAAAGGAAAGCUAACGUUAAAAGACAAGCGCUGAGGCACUAAAAAUUAAAGUUUUUGUUUUCAAUCCAAAUUGUCAUUGGCUCAGAAGCACAGCAAUAAAAACCUGUAGCGGUUUUUUAACACAUAAAAUAACGAAACAUAUAUCGCAUUUCUGGAAUUAAAGUCAAUUUUUUGUGGCAUUGCUGAAGUUGAGAAGUUUUUGGAAACACGUUACUGCUGUUUUAAACUUCAAAUAUAAACUAAAACUUAGCGACGCGCCUAAAAACAUGCUAUAAACGGAGUAAUAUGCAUGACAAUUGUUAUAACAGUUGAUUUUCGUGAUAUUGUGCCUAUUUUAGGAAGAUAACAUAUUUAUUCCAAUGCUUGGUGGUUUAAACUUUAGCGUAGAAGCAGUGCAGAAGCUCCCACAGACACAUACUCGCUGAGUUCGCUUAAAUAGUUGUGUUUUACUAAGAAAAUAAAAAAUAUUUAUUAAUUCAUUUAAUAUAUUUAAUUUUGUUUAUUUAGACAUUAACAAACUGUAAAUGUGCAUUUCUAAUUCUUACUUGGCAAAUGACUGUCGCAACUUCUAACACAAAAACCAAAAUUGAACUACAAACAUUUCGCACAAAGUUUAAAUUUGCAAUUUUCAAAACAUUCGAAAACGAUUUAUAAAUACAAAUUUGCAAUAUUAUAAGUAAUAAAAUACAAAUAAUAUUGAUAUACAAGCUCAAAUUACAUCACAUUGUAUUGGUGUUUCGUUAAUUUAUUUAAAAAAUUAAUAAAUAUUUUUUUUAUUUAAAAAUUGAAAUUGUAUUACUUUCAAUUAAAAAUUGAAAUUUUAUUACUUUCAAUUAAAAAUUCAAGAAAUUAAAAUUUAAUUUUUUUAUUUCAAAAUUAAAAUUUAAUUUCAAAUUUAGCGUGUUUAGCAUGGAGCAUACCACGAAUUAGAAAAAAAGCAGUAAAGUAAAUGCAUGCACACAGUUCAAUUUAUUAAUAUAAAAUAAAACGAAAACAAAAAAGGUGUUGCCAAAUGAAUAAAAAAAGCACAAAACAAAAAAAUUACAAAACGCUAUGUUAUUAAUUAAUACAGUAAUUAAGUAAAUAUCAAAACCUUAACAAUAUUCAUUGAAAAAAAGUAAUUUUAAAUUAUAAUUCGUAAAAAUUUGCAGACAAAUUAAAAAGAAAAUUGCUUAUUAGAAUUUAAAAUAUUAUUUACUUUUUAAACUUGCGUACAUUGGCACACUAAAGCAUUAAAAAACAAUUUUUAGAAAUAUAACAAAAAAAAUCGAAAAUUUCCAAAUUUUGAACUAUACAACGCUUAAAGCGGCACUAAUAAAUACAGUUAUUUAUAUUUUUACUAUGCUAUUGUUUGUUUAAACAUAUGGCUAUCUGUAAUAUUGACUAUUAUUAUUUUUUUUUAUCAAAUUAUGAACUAAACUAUUAUUUUUGAGGGUGGGUUACAAUAUUUGUUUAAUCACCAUGUUUAUAUAUGAACAUUUUUUAAGUUUUAUUUUGUGUGUUUACGUUAAAAGCAUAACUAAAAUACAAAAUAAAAAAAUAAAAAUAAAUAAAUAAAGAACCAACCGAUAAAACCACAUACAAAGAAAAAUCGGCAAAAACAAAAUAUAAUAUACAAAAUGAAACGUAAAUGAAAUCUCUACAUACAUACAUACUUACUUUUUUAGUAAGCUGUUUAAAUGCUAUAGAGCAGACAAAGCAAAAAGAAAGAAAAUGUGAAAAAGCGCAAAUAUUUUUAUUUCUUAUUUUUACAAGCGAAGAAACAAAUAUAAAUAUAUAUAAAGUAAACAUUGAAUAAAUAAAUAAAUAAAAUUAUUUAACAAAUGGUAAUGUAACACGGAUUUAUGUAAGAAAUAAACCAACAACAAAAAUUA